CCAGUGAUUGGCCACAGGCAGAUCUGGCCGUACCGGGGCCACCUGCAGGAUGUGGACUCUUCCAAGUCGUUCUUUCCUCCGCCUGGAAACUGGCGCGAGGCUCCGCCGCGCUGUGGGAGUGACAGUCGCUGCCACCCAAUGGCUCCCUCGCAACUCCCCGCUUCACUCGCCCCAAGGCUUCCGACUGGGCGUGGGAAAUGCGGGAUACCAUGCUCACUGCUCAGGAUGGGUUUUUUUUUACCACUCCACCAGGCGCCGAGACAAUGGCCUGAGGGACUGAGUCGGUGGCUACCCGUCCGCUAUAAGAGCGGAUGGCCGCCUCGGAGAUAUGUCUCUGUGUGUGUGCGUGUGUGUGUGACUGCUCCUUACAGCCCCCCUAGUUGGAGUCCCUAGGAACUCCCGUCUCCCCCCCCUCCUUCGAUUCUGGGAUUCCCUUUCCUCUUACUCUUCUCUCCCGCCUCCUUCUGCUUCUUCCCACUGCCUCACACCAUGACCGAUUUUGGUCCUCGGGCCCCUCACGGGCCUGACAUGACGGGUACGCACCAGCCGCUCGAGGAUAUGGACAUCCACGAGAAGGGGGCCUUUGACGCCCUGAUCCGCCCGGAAGACAGCUACACCCCGGACGGCGUCUACUGGGCGGAUCUGCCCCUGCUUCAGAAGGUCAAAUUCGUCAGCUCGUACGAUGCCGGGGAGGCCAAGCGGGAACUGGGAAACAUCUGGGAGAUGAUGAAGAAGGAUCCCCUCUCCCCUGUUAGCUACUACUUCCGCAACAUGGUUCUACCCGGUGCUGGGCUUGGUCUGGAGGGUUAUGUUCUCUUCUCUAUCGGCAAUAUCAAACCACUGUUCGAAAAAGCUUUCCCCGCCUGCUGGGACAAGCACGAGACCUGCAGCGCCCAAUGGAUCAACGCCAUCGAUUACCUGGAAAUCGUAGGGAUUAUAAUGGGUCAGAUCAUGGUUGGCAUUCUUGGUGACUGGCUCGGUCGUCGUUGGGGUCUCAUUCAGGAUGCCUCGAUUAUGCUUCUCGGGUUGAUUAUGCUCACAGCGGCUUGGGGCGUCACUCAGAACGGUUGGGUGAUUUGCUAUGCCUGGUCUCUAUUCAUCUACGGUGUCGGUGUCGGGGGCGAGUAUCCCAUGACCGCGACAAGUGGAAUGGAAAACGCCGUGGGAUCUGGAAAGGUCUCCACCAAAGAAGAUCGUCUGCACCGGGGCCGAAAAGUCACCAGUGCCUUUUUGAUGCAGGGUUGGGGUCAAUUCUGCAACCAGGUCCUCCUCAUCCUUUUGCUGCUCAUCUUCCACCACGGAAGCGGUAACGCUCCGUACUCUGAAGUCGCUGCGCAGUGGACUUACCGUGUGUCCUUUGCCAUUCCUGCCGUUGGCACUCUCUGGCUGGUUUACUACCGUGCCUUUCACAUGAAGGCGGCCAGUAAGCAGCUGCAAGUGGCCAAGAAGAAGGCUUCGGUGACAGGCUAUGAUGUCGAGUCGUUGCGCUUGACAUUCCACCACUUUGGCUUCCGCAUCCUCGCCACCGCCGGUGGGUGGUUCGCCAACGAUGUUUUCUUCUACGGCAACAAGCUGUUCCAAAGCGAGUUCAUCAGCGUCAUCAGCCCCGAGACGACCUCCAUCAUGCCCAACUGGUUGUGGAGUCUGUGCAACGUCGGGGUUUCGCUGGUCGGCUACUACAUGGCCUCCUUUUUCAUCGACAACAAGCUGUACGGCCGCAAAUGGAUGCAGAUCGUCGGCUUCCUGAUGGUCUUCAUCCUCUUCAUUGUCCCCGGCUUCCACUACGAAUACUACACGUCCAAGGAAAACAUCAAGGCCUUCCAGGCAAUGUACUUCCUCAGCUCCUUUUUCAACCAAUUCGGCCCCAACUCGGUGACCUUCCUCGUGGCCGCCGAGGUCUUCCCCACGCCGAUCCGAGCCACCGCCCACGGUCUGUCGGCCGCAUCAGGGAAGCUGGGCGCUCUUCUCGCCGCCGUGCUGUACAACUACAUCAGCACGCAGACCAAGUUCUACUUUGUGCCCUGGUUUGGCCUGGCGGGUGUGGUGCUCACGUUUGUCUUCCUGCCAGAUACGACCGGCCUGGACCUAAAGGAACAGGAGCGCCGCUGGAUGUAUCUCCGCCAGGGCCGCGAGCAGGACUACCACGGCCCUGCCGUCCACCCGAAGCACCUGUCCCUCUGGGAGCGCAUGCGGGGCAAGGGCAAAUACUACGACGCCGAGCUGGACUACAAGCAGAAGGUGGAGGAGUACCGUACCGAGUGGGAGGAAGCCAUGGCGCGCAAGAUCUCCGAGAAGGACCAAAGCGAGGAGUUUGCCACCGAGACCGACGACAGCCUGCUCGAAGGCCACGUCCACUCGUACUUCCACCGCACGAGCCCCAUGUUCCGGGGCAUGGAGCAAAAGGUUCCGGCCAAGGGCGACAAUUUCGCCCUUCCCCCUGCCGCGCAGGAUGGGGAUUCCAUCGAGGCGAUAGAGGAAAAAGAGUAG